AUUUUAAUUAUCUUAUGUAUUAAGUGUAUUAUCUAUGCUAUACUAAAUUUACAAUUAAAACACGAAAUUAUCUACGAGAACUGCUAAAAUGGAUGAAGAAAAUGUUAUAAUUUUUAAAGACUAUAAAACUGUCCCAGACGUUGUUCACGAAUACUCUCCAACACUGAAAUUUGAACAUAUACCUUUGAUUAUAGACAAUGGUUCGUAUCAAUGUCGUGUAGGCUGGUCUAUAUCUGAAGAGCCUCAUUUAAUAUUUAAAAACCUUAUCGCGAGACCUCGUAAAGAUCGGUGCAAAAAAGAUGCCGAACCACCUGUAACGCCACCCAUUCAAAUAGGCAAUGACAUAAUAAAUAUAGAAGCAGUAAGAUUUCAGCUAAAAACUCAGUUCGACAAAAAUGUAGUGACACAUUUUGAGGUGCAGGAACAAGUUUGUGAUUAUAUUUUCUCACACCUGGGAAUAGACAGUGAAGGUGCCGUUAAUCAUCCCAUUGUGAUGACAGAAGCUUUUGUCACUCCUAAUUAUAGCAGGCAAUUGAUGUCAGAACUUUUAUUUGAAGGCUAUGGUAUUCCUGCUGUAAGUUAUGGUGUGGAUUCUCUGUUUAGCUUUUAUAAGAAUGACAUUGGUGACACAGCGCUACUUGUAAAUUGUGGAUAUCAUACCAUACAUAUAAUCCCUGUUAUAAAAGGAAAAGUUAUUGCAGAACACGCUAGGAGAAUAAACUUAGGUGGCAGUGAAAUGAUAUUCUACUUACACAAACUACUCCAAUUAAAAUAUCCCGUUCAUGUGAACGCUAUUACAAUGUCUCGAGCGGAAGAGAUUCUUCAAGAGCAUUGUUCGGUGGCUCUUGAUUACAAGGAGGAGAUCACGAAAUGGGCGAAUGCUGAUUACUACGAUGCCAAUGUGAAGAAACUUCAAUUGCCUGUUAUACAAAGCUCAAGUAGUUCUUCUACUUUGACCGCGGAGCAACAAAAGGAGAGAAAGAAAGAGAUGGCCAAACGGCUCUUAGAAAUUAAUGCAAGAAAAAGAGAAGAGAGACUUGCAGAGGAUGAAGAACAGUUAAACCAACUGCUGGCACUACAUGAAAUUAUGGAAGACGGAGACACGGAUGAAUUUGACGAAGCCAUCCGUGAUUUAGAUAUCAAAAGCUUUGAAGAUCUCCAGAGACAAAUAUCGAACAAGCAAAUGCGUAUAGAGAAGAAUAAACAGCGCAUCGCGGCCGCUGCCAACGCCGAGGAGAGCGUGGACGCGCGCCCGCCGCCCGGCAGGUUCCAGCCGCCCACGGACCCCGACGCCUUCCAGAUAUGGCUCAACGACACGCGAACCAAGUACCGCGAGCUGAUGGCGCGGCGCGAGGCCCGGAGGGCGCGGCGCGCGGCCAUGGUGCGGCGGCGCACGGCGGCCGCGGCCGAACGCAUGCGCGUCAUCUCCCGGCUCGCCGCCGCCGGGGACGACUUUGGCAACCACGACUCCGACUGGGACGCCUACAAGAGCAUCAGUCGUGAAGCGGAUUCCGAUUCCGAAGCGGACGGCGAGCGCCUUGUGGAGUUGGAAGAAGUAUUGCGCGAAUACGAGCCUAUACCGGCCAAGCAUCGCGAGAGACAACUACACCUAGCUAUCGAACCUUUCAGAGUCCCUGAACUGAUGUUCCAACCAUCAAUGUUGGGUAACUUGGAGGCCGGUCUUGCAGAAACUAUGGAAUAUCUCUUCAAGCAUUUUACUCCCGAAGAACAGUUACUAUUAGCCAAUAACGUAUUUAUCACUGGCGGAAGCUCGCAGUUUCCGGGCCUGAAAGAAAGAUUAGAACGGGAGCUACUUGAAAUGAGACCAUUUAAGUCAACUCACAAAGUGGUGAUGGCGAAAAAUCCAAGUCUCGACGCUUGGUACGGAGCUAGAGAUUUCGCGAGCAGCAACGCCUUCGAGAAUUUUUGCAUUACUAAAGAGGAUUACUUGGAAAUGGGCGGAGAGUACUUGAAGGAGCAUUACGCGAGUAAUCCGUAUUUCAAAAGUCCAGCACCGAUUGUGGACACCACGCUGGUGCCCGCGGGUGACUCUAAUGUAAUAAAAGAGGAGGUCAUAGUCGACUGUUGAUACUAUUCGAAAGGCUACAAUAAAUAUUUGUUUGCAUUGAAUACCUA